GUGCAGAUGGAUCAAUACGGUCGACAGAAGUUUUAACUAUCUGGAGUGCGGAUAAAUUUUUACUGAGAGUCGUAUAGGAAUCUAUAAUCCAGUACUUUCCAAAAUACGCCGAGAGUAUUCCUGAUGGUGAAACGAGCGUUGCUUCAUCGAACGCAGCUAAAUAAAACAACAUCUAUGUAGUUGGUGGUACGAUGCCUGAAAUAGAGGGCGCUAAAUUGUACAAUACCUGUACUAUUUGGGGUCCCGAUGGAACUUUGAUAGCAAGACACCGAAAGGUACAUCUAUUCGACAUUGACAUUCCUAAUAAGAUUACUUUUCGAGAGAGUGAUUCACUCAGUCCUGGUAACUCCCUAACGACGUUCGAUGUGAAGGGCUGCAAAAUAGGUAUUGGCAUUUGCUAUGAUAUUAGAUUCGAGGAAAUGGCACGCAUUUAUCGGAACAAAGGUUGCCAAAUGCUGAUAUAUCCAGCGGCAUUCAAUAUGACCACUGGACCACUGCACUGGUCAUUACUUCAGCGUUUCAGAGCGAAUGAUAAUCAAUUAUACGUUGCCUGCAUAUCACCGGCUCGUGUUCCUUAAGCAAGUUACGUCGCAUGGGGACAUACACAGUUGACCAAUCCCUGGGGAAAGAUUCUUUACGAUUUGGAAACUCAAGAGAAUAUGGCAGUCACCGAUAUCAAAAAAAAAAAAAAAAAAAAAAAAAAAACCGGCGAACCGUGUGUUACCACAACGAGACCCGCGAUGCUAUUUGUCGCUUUAAAUUGUGCCGCAACUCGUUUUUGAGAUCUUUGCCAGGGGCGCGUUAAAAUAUGCUGAAAAUAUAUUUCUGGCUUUUCUGGGGUUUAACUGAAAUAUGACAAAUAACGUUGUAAAACAUAUGUACUUAUGACUUACAGAGUAAUUGAGUGUACAAAAUAUAUAGUAUACAAAAUA